AUGGACAACAGCUCAGAAUCUGGGGAAGGCGAUCAGCGGGAACGCGUCCUUGAUACAGGAACUAGCGUGAAUACAGCAGAACGCUCAGCUCAGGCCCAGGAUGAUGCAGGGACCAUGGGAGUACAAGCGCUCCUGGAAGAGCUCCAUUUGCAAGACGAGAAGGCGCUCCGAGAAGAGUUCAUGCGACUGCAAGAUGAGCGCGAUUCUUUGGAAGAUCAGUAUCAGACCUUGCUAUCCAAAGUGUCACAGAUGCGGACAACACUAGGGGAGCGACUUCGGCAGGAUGCGCAGAUUGAAAGGCUCACAGAGCAAGUGGGUGAGCAGGAGGCGACAACGUCCGCGCUCCAGCAGGAGUUGGGCAUCGCACAUGAGGAGUCUGCGAAGCUCGCAUCAGAGAUGGGCCAACUGCGUCGAGAACUAGAGCAGCAGGAGACGGAGGACCAUACUGCUGAACUAGAACGUCUAAACGAACGCUGCAAGUCUCUGCAGGAGAUGAUAGACGCCCACCAAGUGGAAACGCAGCGCUGGGAGAGUGCCCUCAUUGAGGAGCGGACUCUGAGGCAGGAACUGGAGACGCGGCAACGACAGCUCUUGCAGGAAAGAGAUGAGGCAGAAGAGACCAGGCGUCAGGCACAGGCUGUGGCCGAUCAGGAAAAGCAGGUGGCGCGACAGCUUCAGCAGGCGCUGGAAGAGUUGCAGUAUGGUCAAGAGAGUGAUCAUCAGCGCAUGGUCGAUGAGAUGCAGCAGAAAGCGGAAGCAGCGGAAUCUGAGCUAGAGAACUACAAGCUGCGAAUCGAACAGAUGGAGUCCCAUAUGGACGAAGCGAAUCAGGCUAUGGGGCGGUGCGGGAGCUUGGAGCAGGAGGUCAAGGAGAAAACCCUGCUCAUUGGUAAGCUACAGCAUGAGGCUGUCAUUUUAAAUGAACAUUUGACGGGGGCCCUGGGCCGUCUCCGGCGCGACUCGGCGGACGAGCAGAUUGACCGUGCGCCGCGUGCCGACACUCGACGCUAUGAGAUUCUGCGGCUGAUGGCCUCUAUUUUGCAGUGGAACGACGCGGAGCGCGAGAAGGCGGGCCUUCAGCGCCACAGUGACCGCUCCUCGGGCUAUAAUAUCUUGGGAUUGGGGGGACUCUUGUCAUUCCACCCACGCCAGCCAUCCCAGUCGGAGGAGAAGUCGCCUGGGGAUGAGGUCGAGAGGGCCAAGGCGAGCACCGGUGCCACCAACGAGGCAAGCUCUGCGGAGGCACAGUCGUCCGGCGAGGCCUCAGCGGACCAGACUACGUUCGAUCUCCACAGCCUAUCGGAUCUCGACCGCUCAUUGCAUUACACGUCUAAAUCGACAAGUCAUAGUGGAGCAUAG